UUCUAGUUUGUCAUAUAAUUACCACAAUAUUAUGCUUCAAGGGUGUCCUUAAUUAUAGACACCAAUUGACGGUUUUGGUUAAUGUUAAUUGGAAAUGUCUAGAAUAUUGGAAUGUGCAAUCUAACAAACUGUUAAUCAUCAGGAAGCAGAAACUUCAUCCUUGGAGCAUAUGACAAUCGCAAAAAGUCAAGUUCUGUUUGUCUCACUCACUUAACGAAAUUUCUCCUUAAUUUCAAGGGAACACCUUUUUUAGCCUUUUUGGCUCCAACUCAAGUAUAUGGACAAAUAGCAAAAGCUCCAUCCGCCUUCUCGUACUUAAUUUUUCCACUCAUUCCCUCUGGUCGGAAUUUUCACUUUAACAGAGAAAAAUCUUUUAACCUUUUUGGUUUAACAUUAUAUGGCAAGGCUAAACUUUAGUGGGCCAGAGGCUCGUUUUUGAGUCGGUUGCCUGUGUCAACGGCGUUCAAGGCCUGCUGCUUGGCCGUGAUUCUUAAUUUCAGUCUUUUUGUUGUUACUCUAUAAUUAUUACAGCAGUGAAAUUGACAUGCACCAAUGGCCGCUUACUAAUUGCGAGAGUUCCAAGUGAGGUGCCAAUUAUCUCCGAGUUCCAAAAAUACUUUCUUUAGCUUUUCUCGUACCUUCAGAGAUGAAGCUUUUUCUUCUGAGCUUCCUUUUCUGUUGUCUUGCUUAGAUGCUUGAGAGAGAGAGAGAGAGAGAGAGAGAGAGAGAGAGAGAGAGAGAUGGAAAGGUUACCGCUUUUGAGCCAUCUUUGUCACAUUCUUUCUCUAUAAUUUCGCAACGUUCAUGACGAUUCCAGUCAAGAUUAUUGGGCUGGGAUCACUUGUGAUGAUGCCUCUUGUUGGUAAUCUCUCCGACAAGUAUGGAAGGAAGGCUUUGCUUACAGUUCCCAUGACUCUCACCAUAAUUCCUUUAGCUAUAUUGGCUUACAGCAGAAAGAGGAGCCUCUUUUAUGCCUACUACGUACUCAAGAUUCUCACUGCCAUGUUUUGUGAAGGAAGCGUCCAUUGUCUCGCUCUUGCUUACGUGGCAGACAAUGUUCCGGAAGGGCGACGAGCAUCAGCUUUUGGGAUCCUUUCUGGCAUUGGGUCCUGUGCCUUUGUCUGCGGAACUCUGUCUACUCGUUUCCUCUCAACAGCCUCCACUUUCCAGGUUGCGACGGCAAUGGCGAUACUGUCAGCAGUUUAUAUGAGGAUUUUCCUUCCGGAUUCCAUCAUAACUGAUAAUCUUUCUACCCCAAUCAUCUCUAAAGGAAAACUUGAUGGUAUUGUUAAUCCGGACGAGUCAGACAAGAAAAUGCAGAUGUUUAAAACUAUGCCUUCAAUAGUGGAUAUGCUUGUCUUGUUGAAGAGCAGCUUGACAUUUUCGCAAGCGGCAAUUGUUUCAUUUUUCAGCAAUCUUGCGGAUGUGGGCCUCCAUGCUUCAUUACUGUACUAUUUGAAGGCCAGGUUUCACUUCAACAAAGAUCAGUUUGCUGACUUGAUGGUCAUUACUGGAGUUGCAGGGACUAUAUCACAGCUGCUUCUCAUGCCCAUACUAGCUCCUGCUCUUGGAGAGGAGAGAUUGCUCUCAAUAGGGCUUUUCUUUAACUGUGCACAUAUGAUCUUUUAUAGCGUUGCAUGGUCCGUCUGGGUGCCUUAUGCAGCAGCAAUGUUCUCCUUAUUCUAUGUUUUUUCACAGCCAUGUAUAAGGAGCAUUGUAUCUAAACAAGUUGGACCCUGUGAGCAGGGGAAGGCUCAAGGGUUCAUUUCAGGCAUAGGUUCCUUUGCCAAUGUAGCUUCUCCCUUGGUUUUCUCUCCUCUGACAGCUUUGUUCCUGUCUGAAAGAGCUCCAUUUUAUUUCCCUGGUUUCAGUAUUAUGUGCGUAGGGUUUGCCUCGAUGAUAGCGUUUGUUCAAAGUCUCAUGAUAAGGGCCGUCCCUCCAAUUUCAAGUCAGAGAGUUGGCAACUGCAACUAUAUGGAAGCCUAGCAAGGAACGUGUGUUUCAAACCCUUUAUAUUACUCUAAAAAAAUCUUUCAGUAGUUCUUAUAUACAUACUUAUCAGUAACUACCAGAAAUGUUGAAGUAGAGCUGCUCAAGUUGAAGUGGUUUUUUAUAGCUUUGCAAGCUGUAGCUUUCAACACAUUUGACUUGGUAUAUAUCAUAGAGCCUAUUCGGUGCUGCAGAAAGCCAGGAGCCUUAUUUCAGCUAUAUCUGCAAGAGACACACUGAAUGCUAGUACCUCGUUCUAAAAGCACAUCAAUUAUGAAUUUUUUUUUCGUUUUUUGGAAGGGGCUCAUUCAUUACGAUAGUAUUAAUGCUUUAUUGUAUCAUUACAAUUGGAAAUAUCCCUGAACUUUUUAUUAUAGUCAGUUUUUAUUAGUAGCUAAAGAGAGACAAGCAUGUUAUCUUGGCAUUAAAUGAAGCUCUCCCGCUAUCUGCCGGAGAAUUGCAAGA